CCAGAUCUAGGUUCUCUCAACCCAGCUUCAACACUAGCUACACCUUCCUUUUGGCUCUCUCUGUGCACUCACUUUGCACCAAUAGCAGUAAUGACGGUGGAGGCCGCGAUCCAGCCCAUUCUCUUGGCUCGCUUGAGCUGCCACUUGUAAAGUUGUGCCUACUCAAGGCUAGCCGUUAUUAACACAAUUGCAUCCUAGGUGGGAACAAAAUGAAGAAUUGGGCUCGUAGAUGGAAUACUUGGGGCUUGGCGACAGAAACAACCUCCUUAGUCUCAAGCUUAGCAGCCUUAACAACGGGCGCUAGCAACAUAGCGAGAGUUUGGGGACAGGAAGGUUUAGAGGUUGAGAUACUCCUGCGUCUGGUUUAGGGCAACGAUGGCAACCUUGCUUCUUUGUAUCUGAUGAUAAGGGUUUUUCUCAUUGUUAUUGGGUUAGUUUUUAGGCCCGUUUAAGUUGUAACGAUAUGAGACUCUGAGUCCGACUAUAAAGAGCAGAAAAAAUUCCCAGCUUCUCCAAGAUAGUUCCUAUAAUUAAUCCAGGUUUUCUCAAACCCAAAUCUGAGUUAACCCAAAUCUAGAGAAGAGGAAGAAAGGGGAAGAGAGAGAGAAAAAGAAUAAGAAAAAGAAAGAAGAAGGAUGAGU